AUGGCUUCCUUCGGCUCGCCGUCCCCUUUCACCAUGUUCCUGGGUAAUGCGAAGGGGCCUAGCUCCGUAGCGUGCCCAUCUCUGGCGUCCGUCGAGGCGCUGGACAGCCCUAGGCCUUUCACGGCGUCCACCCUUCAUACCCCCACGCCCUCGGUCCCCAUUCCCAUGCAGCCGAGUCACUAUGCCAGCAUGCCCAUGGAGCGCAGCUACUCGUUGCCUGCAGCCACCCAACAGGAACAUGAUAUCCGACUCAGCAUGCAGUGUGGAAUGGGUUCCUCUUCUUCUUCGCGUGCCUGGUGCACCUAUACGCCUCCUGAGUAUGCUACAUCCUAUCUCCUCUCCGAGUCACCCGUCCUCCAUGAUGAGCUUUCUGGCAGCGCAUCCUCCCCUGGUGCUUCUGUGCGACGGCACCAGUCAUGGGCCCUCCUCUCUCGUGCCGCUCUUGUGCAUAGCCAGCGCGCGUGUGCUACGCCGCCACCUUCAUCGACCGAUGCAUUGUUGUAG